AUGAGCCUAGAGCUCGAGAAUGGUUUAUCGAAUGGAUGGUUAAUUCCAAUAAGCAAGGUGACUUUCUCAAGCACAUAUAUUCCCGAGUAUCCUUAA